AUGAAAAUCCUAAGUUGGAACUGCCAAGGGCUUGGCAACCCUUGGACAGUUAACGCUCUCCGCGAAUGGUGCUGGAGAGAACGGCCAAAUAUGGUGUUUUUAAUGGAGACAAUGAUUGAUGCAAGUAAGUUAGAGCGGAUUCGUAACAUUUGUGGCUUUGUUAAUGGCGUGUGUGUAAGUAGUGAUGGGAGAUCGGGGGGUAUGGGUUUUUGGUGGAGGGAUGUGAAUUUGUCCCCCGCCAAUUAUUCAGCCCACCAUUUUAGUGCGGACAUUAGAGAUCAUAAUAAUAAUAUUGUUUGGAGAGCGGUGAGAGUCUAUGGGUGGCCCGAGAGUGAGCACAAACACAAAAUAUGGACCAUGAUGGAAACUAUUAAACAUAGCAGUGAUGUCCCCUGUGUAAUGUUCGGUGACUUCAAUGAAAUUGUGUGCCAGUCUGAGAAAGAAGGAAGGGUACCUAGGAGUGAACGUGCGAUGAAUGCAUUUAGAAAUGCCAUAGAUGGGUGUGGCUUGCGAGAUUUGGGCUACAAAGGAAGUCGGUUUACUUGGAAGCGAGGUAAUAACCCAAAUACUUUUGUGCGUGAAAGACUUGAUCGUGUUUUGGCAGAUGUGGGGUGGUGUUCGAUGUUCCCAAAUCAUAAUGUGCGCCAUUUUGCUACAUACCGGUCUGACCACGCUCCGAUAUUACUCUCCACUUAUAACCUCAACGAGCAGGGGCGUCACAAAAAAAGAUUUCGGUUUGAAGCUCUAUGGCUCUCGAACCCGGAAUGUAAUGCAGUGGUGGAGGAUGCAUGGAAUGGAAGUGUGGGUGACGAUGCUACUGCAAAAAUAGAAAAGUGUGCUGAGAAUUUAACUUCGCGGGCAGCGAGGCGGUUUGGAUGCAUAAAAAAGAGAAUAAAAGAAACUGAGGAGAAGCUCAGGGAGUUGGAUGAGUUACAUAAGCAAGAAGAGUCGUAUUGGUUUGCAAGAGCAAGGGCGAAUGAGAUGAGAGAUGGGGACAGAAAUACAGCUUACUUCCAUCAAAAGGUGAGCCAAAGGAAACAAUAUAAUAGAAUUGUGGGAUUAUUUGAUGAAGAUGGGGAAUGGCGACGCAACAAAACUGAACUGGAGCAUAUUGUGGCGUCUUAUUUUGCAAAUCUGUUCUCAUCGGAACACCCUUCUGAGAUCGAACCAGCGUUGGCAGGGAUGCGUGUGGUAGUAACGGAGGAAAUGAACGCGAGCCUUGAUACGGAGCCUACUGAGGAGGAGAUAAAAACAGCACUCUUUCAAAUGCACCCAAAUAAAGCUCCGGGUCCGGAUGGUAUGCAUGCUUUAUUUUUUCAGAAAUUUUGGCAUAUUGUAGGAAGUGAUAUAAUUUUCUUUGUAAAACAAUGGUGGCGGGGUCUGGCUGAUUUGGAGGCUGUGAACAAAACAUGUGUGACGUUAAUUCCCAAAUGUGCCUCUCCUAAGCGUAUCUCGGAAUUUCGACCCAUUAGUUGUUGUAAUGUGCUUUAUAAGAUUGUCUAA